AACACAUAACCUUAAAAACAUUUCGUGUGCGGGGUAGCAAACAAAACUCACGUGUUUGUUUCUCCCCGAAAAAUGAAAAUAAAUUGAAGUGAAAUAAUCAAAAAUGAGUAAAUUGUAUGUGUUGUACGAACACAGUGCGGGGUUCGCCCUGUUCAAAGUUGCCGAAUUUGAGGAACUUGCUGCAUUUUUGCCUCAAGUUGAAGAGUCUGUGACUGACUUGCAGCGAUUCAACUCUGUUGUGACGCUGAGCGCAUUCCAGCCAUUUAAAUCUGCUGUGGUAGCGUUGGAAAAUAUCAACGCUAUCUCCGAAGGUAUUGUACCUGAAGACUUGAACCUGUUCUUGGAGGGAGCACUUCCAAAGCGUAAGAAGCGCAGCAAAUGUACCCUAGGCGUGUUGGACCCCAAAUUGGGGGCUGCCAUCAGCGAGGCUUUGGAGAUCCCAUGCUCUCACACUGGUGCUGUUCCGGAGAUACUGAGAGGUAUCCGUCACCACUUCCAUGCCCUCAUCAAAGGGUUAACACUGAAGGCAUGCAGUGUAGCGCAGCUCGGUUUAGGCCACUCAUACUCCCGUGCCCGAGUCAAGUUCAACGUGCACCGAGUAGACAACAUGAUCAUCCAAUCUAUAGCAUUACUUGAUCAACUUGAUAAGGAUAUCAACACGUUUUCUAUGAGGAUCAGAGAAUGGUACUCCUACCAUUUCCCGGAGCUGAUCAACAUUGUUCCAGAGAACCAGUUGUACACCAAGUGCGCAGAAUUCAUCAAGGACAGGAAAUCAUUGAGUGAUGAGUCUGUGGAACCUUUGACUGAGAUCCUCGGUGACUCGGAGAAGGCCCAGGCUAUUAUUGAUGCAUCCAAAAUGUCCAUGGGUAUGGACAUCUCUCCUGUAGACCUGAUUAAUAUUCAGAUGUUCGCUGGCAGAGUGGUGGGACUUAGCAAUUACAGAAAGCAAAUAGCGGAGUACCUGCACACUAAGAUGGAGUCAGUGGCUCCGAAUCUGACGACGCUGGUCGGAGACCAGGUAGGCGCGCGCCUCAUUUCCAAGGCCGGUUCCCUGACCAGCCUCGCCAAGUAUCCAGCCUCCACACUGCAGAUAUUGGGUGCUGAGAAAGCUCUGUUCCGUGCUCUGAAGACUCGCUCGAACACUCCUAAGUAUGGUCUGCUGUACCACUCGACGUUCAUCGGUCGCGCAGGCCUAAAGAACAAGGGUCGUAUCAGUCGAUACCUCGCCAACAAGUGCUCCAUCGCAUCCAGGAUCGACUGCUUCUCUGAAAUCCAAUCGUCUGUAUUUGGUGAGAAACUCCGUCAGCAAGUUGAAGAUCGACUAAAGUUCUAUGAGACGGGCGACAUUCCUAAGAAGAACAUUGAAGUAAUGAAGGAAGCGCUAGAUGAACUGCAACAAGCUGUUGACGCUGAGGCCAGUGCUAAGAAGAAAAAGAAGAAGAAGAAGAAGAAAGAGAAAGAUGAAGAACAACCAAUGGAUGAGGAUUAAUUAAGUAAUAGAGUUUUUAUUAAGGAAUGUUGACAAUCGUUCAGGGUACAGUAGUUUCUCUAUAUUUUAAGAACAGCCGUUUUAUUAUUUUUUUAAAAAUGUUGCCCUAC